CUCUUUGUCACUGAGGUACAUUGUUUAUUGUGAACAAGUAUGCUGUUAACAGCCGGCUUAGAUACAAAAAAAUAAGCCCUGGUACUCAGGUUACCUGGCACUAACAAACCUCUUGUUAACCUUUUUACAUACCUAUGGAAAUGGUGGCAUCUUUCUAGAUUUCCUUCAGUGUCGAAUUUUGGAAAGGAUGGCUAUGUCUCUGGAUAAGUUUACCUGCUCGCUGGAUGCAAAGACUCUCCCACGAGUGGUGCAGAUACAAUCUGGAUAUUACUUCCAAGGUUCUGUGUAUGAUCUAUUUGGAAGAGAGUGGAGUUUCUCCAACGGAGAGCUCCUGAAGAUCAUCGGGAUCAGCGUCACCAGACUCACUGCGGAGCUUCAGUCUGAGGGAUCCAAAACUACGACAGUGGAUCUAUCUCUUGACUACCCAGGUCUUUUUAGGAUUGUUGCCGACAAGAGGCCCUACACCAGUAUACGAGAGAUUGUUGACUUGGUGCGUAUAAGCCCUGAGCGCCUGGGUCAGCCCGAGUUCUGUUCCCCCAUUGAUCUGCAGCUGACAGAGGGAACCAUCCAGGCCAUGGAGAGCUUCAGACUUACAGCACUGAGGACGGAACACGGCGACAGCCAUGUUGAAUGUGAGGUUAUGAGAAAAGACUCCCGGCACACCUUCACUUUGAAGCUUUCACAACCUGGGGAGUUCUAUGAGUGUGACGACGACCAGUUCUACACCCUCAAGGAGCUGGUGGAAUGGAAAAUGCCCAAAGGAAGGAGAAGGACGGUGACUUGGGCCAAGUCUUUCCCAUCUAAGGUGAAAUGUGUUUGUGAGCUGCCAGAGGAUUACAGUGGAGAGUUGGUCCUUACACCUGUCUACGAGCUACAGACUGUGUCCAAGUUUGGGAAGAACGUUGUUUUCAUCCCGUCAACCCUUGAUAUUGAGGUCUUGGACGUAACAGAGGAAUGUGAUGGUGCCUGUUUCAUGGAGCCCUUGUCCCUCCCUGAUGUCUUUGCCAAGCCAAGCGAAGUGUUUCCCCUCAAAGCUGAGGUCAUAGUGCCCCCAGCGCAAAUCCAGCAGGAAUUGGCCUUCCUGGCUUCCUCUAGACAAAUCAUUGUCCACGGUGCUUACCAGGCCAAGAGGAUCCUGGCCUCUGAAUUACGCAGUGAGGCCCAACGACGCUUCCUCAUCCCAAUGUCCUACAACGGCAGGUUAAAGCGCAGGCCCCGCACAUUUCCUACGGCGUAUGACCUGGAAGUGGCCAAGAGUGACAUGGAGCAGCUGCAUGUGGUCGCCACCAGGGCCUUUGAGACCCACUAUGAGGGGCUGUCCUCUGUGUCCAUGGGCGACCAGUUUAUGGUCCACCAGAGGGAGACCAGUGAGGUUAUCUAUGGAGGCAAGAGAAAGACAGUGGAGGCGUUGGCCUGUAAGAAGAUGGUGGGCAAGACCUACGAGGCCAUGCUGAUCCCUAUGUGUCUAGACGGGGGCUUCGUCGAGGUGAUCCACGACAAGAAGCAGUACACGUUCCCAGAGGUCUGCCAAAGAUUCUCCCUGCCCUUCAAUGUCAAGGUGUCUAUGAGGGACCUAUCAGUAAAUAACGAUGUCCUGGCGGCAGCAACAGGGCUGCAGUUGGAGGAAGAGAUCACUGAUCCCUACCUCCUGGUUUCCAACUUAGACCUGUCCCAGUGCUGGGAGGUGCCGGUAAACCGUACCAACAUGACUCUGCAGCACCUGUCUAGGUGGACUGGCCCGGAGCCACCCCGGGGCCAGGCCUUCCACUCUGUAGUAGAGGAGAUAGGAGAGGACUGCUACUUCGUCCUGAGGAGGUACGUCAACGCCAGCGUGCUGCCACCCCCACGACCCCCCAAGAGACCACAACCCCCCUCAGAGGAUAAGGCGAAACUACAGCCUCCCAGACCAAAGAAGCCUGACACCCCCUCUCUGAAGAGCCCGGAUACAGCCAAACCAGCCAUGCCUAAACCGAGCUCCUCUGUCUCAGGUGAUCAGAAAACAUUUCUACCAAGAAAGGAAACAUUCAACACCAGUCUGGUCACAGUUCCUGAACCGGGCACACAAAAAGACAUUGGAACGGAUAGCAGAAUUCAGCAUCAGACUUCUGAACAGGAUAAUGAUGAAAUUCAUGAUUAUGACUACAUUUAUGAGGAUGAACUAGACACCAUUAGGAGAAAAAUGCAUGACCAAAGUAUUCAUAGCACAGACAACAAGAAACUAGGAAAUAAAUGUUCUUUGCACACUGUAAAUCGGGUUUAGAGAAUGAAUGGUUCUAAUAAAACCAAAGCAUAUUUGUGUGAGGAUUAAUUCUUGUAAUGUAAUAAUAUUUCAAGUACAAUAUAUUUAUGUAAGCUAUUAGGCCCUUUAUGCUUUUAUUUUACCUGUAUUUUACCAGGUGCAUUGACUGAGAAAACAUAUGAAUCAAUAAAUAAUAAUUUGACA